UUGAAACCUGCAGCAGCGUGGAAGCUCUCGUGCUCCACUCAAAGCUCGAGCACACGUUCACGAAACACGUGAGGCGGGCUUCCAGGCGGUAGGCGGAGUGACGCCUCUGACGCACCAAACCCGGAAGUGGAUCAAAAGAGAAAGUUCAGAACAUGCAGCUGAAACAUCUGAAGACGCUCCUUCCUCCACAGGAAGGAGCUGCGAAGGUGACGUGCAUGGCCUGGGCUCCGAACAAUGCCAAGUUCGCUGCGUGCACCGUCGAAAGAGUUGUCCUGCUGUACGAUGAACAAGGCGAGAGACGGGACAAGUUUUCUACAAAACCUGCCGACUCUAAAUACGGCAAGAAAAACUACAUGGUGAAAGCCAUGGCAUUUUCUCCAGACUCCACUAAAAUCGCGAUGGCUCAGACGGACAACAUCGUGUACGUGUACAAAAUCGGAGCGGAAUGGGGAGACAAAAAAGUGAUCUGCAACAAAUUCGUUCAGACGAGCGCUGUGACGUGCCUGCUUUGGCCUGCGGAAAAUUCCAUUGUUUUUGGACUAGCCGAGGGGAAAAUCCGAGUGGCCAACACGAAAACCAACAAAUCGUCCAGCAUCUACGGAACAGACUCCUACGUUGUUUCAUUAACCUCAAACGUUUCAGAGAAAGGAAUCCUCUCGGGACACGCCGACGGGACCGUUGUACGCUAUUUCUUAGACGACGAAGGCUCCGGGGAUUCCCAGGGGAAAUUGCUGACUCACCCCUGCCCACCGUAUGCUCUGGCUUGGGGAAGCCACAGCAUCAUCGUUGCCGGGUGCGAUAAGAAGAUCGUAGCGUACGGGAAGGAAGGACAAGUCCUGCAGACGUUCGACUACAGCCGCGAUCACUCCGAAAAGGAGUUCACCGUCGCAGCAGCUAACCCCAGUGGACAAUCUGUGGUUUUGGGGAGUUACGACAGGUUGAGGGUUUUAAACUGGAACACGCGAAGAGGUGCUUGGGACGAAGCUGCCCCCAAGGAAAUUCCUAACCUCUACACCGUCACGGCUCUGGCCUGGAAGAAAGAUGGCUCAAGGCUCUGCGUGGGUACACUGUGUGGAGGAGUUGAGCAGUUCGAUUGCUGCCUUCGCAGGAGCAUCUACAAGAACAAAUUCGAGAUGACAUACGUCGGCUUGAGCCAGGUGAUUGUGAAGAACCUUCCCACAGGCACACGAGUGGUGCUCAAGUCUCAUUACGGCUACGAGUUUGAGGAAGUGAAAAUCAUGGGGCGGGAUCGCUACUUGGUGGCCCACACCUCUGAUACCCUCCUGCUGGGUGAUCUGGUGUCCAAUAAACUGAGCGAGGUGGCAUGGCAGGGGUCCGGAGGGAACGAGAAGUUCUUCUUCGAAAACGAAUCCGUGUGCAUGGUGUUCAACGCAGGAGAGCUGACCUUGGUGGAGUACGGCAAGAACGAAAUCUUAGGAUCGGUCCGCACCGAAUUUAUGAACCCUCAUCUAAUCAGUGUCCGUCUGAACGAGAGAAGGCAAAGAGGAGUGGAUGAUAACAAAAAGUUAGCCUACCUAAUCGACAUCAAAACCAUCGCCGUAGUGGACCUGGCUCUCGGUUACAACCUCGGGACCGUCAGUCACGACUUGAAGAUCGACUGGCUGGAACUGAACGAGACGGGGCGCAAGCUGCUCUUCCGUGACAAGAAGUUACGGCUGAACCUGUUCGACAUUGAGAGCGGCGUGAAAACCACAGUGCUGAGCUUCUGCUCCUACGUGCAGUGGGUUCCAGGCAGCGACGUGGUGGUGGCUCAGAACCGCAGCAACCUGUGUGUGUGGUACAAUAUCGACAGUCCAGAAAAAGUCACCAUGCUCCCCUUAAAAGGAGAUAUCGUGGAUUUGGAACGGGCGAACGGCAGGACCGAAGUGAUCGCGUCGGAAGGUGUGAACACGGUCUCCUAUACGCUGGACGAAGGACUGAUCGAGUUCGGAACAGCCAUUGACGAUGGAGAUUUUUACAGAGCCACAGCGUUCUUAGAGACCCUGGAAAUGUGUGCCGAGACCGAAGCCAUGUGGAAGACGCUGAGCAAACUGUCUCUGGAGGCACAGGAACUGCACAUCGCACAGAGGUGCUUCGCAGCUCUGGGCAAUGUGUCCAAGGCGCGCUUUCUGAGCAAGACCAACCAAACCGUCGAUUCCAUCUCAAAGGAAUACGGCGGAGACGGGAGAGAACACUAUCAAGUCAAAGCGCAAUUAGCGAUGCUCGAUAAGAACUACAAACUCUCCGAGAUGUUCUACCUGGAACAGAACGCAGUCAACGAGGCGAUGGACAUGUACCAAGAGCUUCAAAUGUGGGACGAAUGUAUCGCUGUAGCAGAAGUGAAGGGUCAUCCAGAGGUCGCCGAAUUGCGUCGCAGAUACUCCGCCUGGCUGAUCGAGACCAAGCAGAAUGAGAAAGCCGGCGAAAUGAAGGAGCGCGAAGGAGACUACGUCGGGGCGGUGAACUUUUACCUGAAGGCGGGGCUUCCAGCCAAAGCCGCCUGGUUGGCUAUGAACAGGGACGAGCUCCUGUCCAGCAGCAUCGUCUCCCGCAUCACCUCGGCUCUCAUCAAAGAGGAGUUCUACGAGAGGGCAGGUGACCUGUUCCAGAGGACCAAUAAUCACCAGCGAGCCCUGGAUUGUUACCGCAAAGGCAACGCCUUCAAAAAGGCUGUGGAGCUAGCACGUGCAGCCUUUCCAUCCGAAGUAGUGAAGCUCGAGGAGGCCUGGGGCGACUAUCUGGUCCAGCAGAAGCUCAUGGACGCCGCAGUGAAUCAUUACAUCGAGGCCGGGUGCGGAUCCAAAGCUGUAGAAGCAGCGAUCGGGGCGCGGCAGUGGAAGAAAGCGCUGCACAUCGUGGAGUUGCAGGAGGACAAAUCUUCAACCAAGUACUACUUCAAGAUCGCUCAGCAUUUCUCUUCGUUACAGGAAUAUGAGGUAGCAGAGCGCCUCUUUGUGAAAGGAGGACAUAUCAAAGACGCCAUUGACAUGUACGCUGAAGCAGGGAGAUGGGAGCAAGCCCACAAGCUUGCUGUGAAGUGCAUGACCCAAGACGAGGUGUCUGCUCUUUACAUCAAUCGGGCUCUCGAGCUAGAGAAGGACGAGAAGUACAAAGAAGCUGAAAGACUCUUCUGCACCGUCGGCGAGCCCGACAUGGCGAUCACUAUGUACAAGAAGAAGAAGCUCUACGACGACAUGAUCCGUCUGGUCGCCAAACACCACAAAGAGCUGCUUCAGGAGACGCAUCUUCACUUGGCCAAAGAGCUGGAAGUCGAGGGAAGAUUCUCAGAGGCUGAGCAUCACUACAUUCAGGGCAAGGACUGGAAAUCGGCGGUCAACAUGUAUGGGACAAACGAGAUGUGGGAGGAAGCGUAUAGGGUUUCUAAAAGCCACGGGGCGGCCAGCGCCCACAAGCAAGUGGUCUACCUGUGGGCCAAGAGUCUGGGAGGAGAGACCGCCGUGAAACUUCUCAACAAGUUUGGCCUGCUGGGGGACGCAAUUGAGUUUGCAGCUGAAAAUCGAUCGUUCGAGUUCGCCUUCGAGCUGGCCCGACUCUCCAUGAAGCAGAAGAUCCCGGAAAUCCAUCUGAAGAACGCCAUGUUUCUGGAAGACGAGGGUAAAUUUAGCGAAGCUGAGAUCGAGUUCAUCAAAGCAGGAAGGCCAAAAGAAGCUGUUUUGAUGUACCUCCAUAUACAGGACUGGACCGGAGCCCAGCGUGUGGCUGAAGCUCACGACCCGGACAGCAUGGCCGAUGUGCUGGUGGACCAGGCCAAGUGCUGCAUUGAGCAAAAAGACUUCCAGAAAGCAGAAGCGUUCCUGCUUCGUGCACAGAGGCCCGAACUCGCCAUUAAAUAUUACAGAGAUGCCGAGAUGUGGAGCGACGCCAUGCGCAUCUGUAAAGAGUACAUCCCGAAUAAGCUGAGCAUUCUCCAAGAAGAGUAUGAAAAAGAGAUUGCCAAAAAUGGCAGCCGAGGAGCAGAAGGGAUAAUCGAGCAGGCUCGUGAGUGGGAGCAGACGGGUGAAUAUGCCCGGGCGGUGGACUGCUACCUGAAGGUGAACGAUUUGUCCAACGUGCCUCUUCUCGUAACGUGUUGGAUCAAGGCAGCGGAACUGGCCAUCAAGUUUUUAACACGUGAGAAGGCCGUGGGUGUCGUUCAGGUCGUCGGGCCGCGGCUGGUGCAGCACAAAAAGUACAACGCGGCUGCUGAACUCUACCUCAACCUGGACCUCAUUAAAGAAGCUGUUGAUGCUUUCAUGGAGGCCGAGGAAUGGAACAAAGCCAAGCGAAUAGCCAAAGAGUUGGAUGCGAGGUUGGAAGGGUACGUUGACCAGCGUUACAAAGACCACUUGAAAAACAAAGGCAAGGUCGACUUGCUGGUUGGAGUAGAUGUCAUGGCGGCGUUAGACAUGUACGCCGAAAGAGACCAGUGGGAGAAGUGCAUUGAUAUCGCAUCCAAGCAGAAUUUCAAGAUCCUGCAUAAAUACUGCGCUCUGUACGCCACGCAUCUAAUCAAAGAAGGUCAGGCUGAGAAAGUUCUUGAGCUGUACGUGCAGCACGGGAUACCAGCCAGCCCAGAGAACUUCAACAUCUACAAGCGCAUGUUCAUGGAGCUGAUGAACCUCCAGGACAGGGAUGACACAGAGGCGUAUCGGAUGUGGGCCAACCUGAGGGAUGUUUUACACUUGCUGUGUGAGAACCUGACCAAAUCUUCAGAAGCCAACUCUCCAGCCCAUCAAAUCUUCGAGCAGAUGCUCAUGGUUGCUCACUGUUACGCAACUCGCUCAGCAGCCAAAGGCAUCGACCAGCUGAGCACUUUGGCAGCCAAAUUAUCCAUUUCUCUGCUCAGACACACAGAGAUCAUUCCAGCAGAUAAAGCCUUUUACGAGGCGGGACUCGCUGCCAAGGCUGUUGGAUUGGAGAAUAUGGCUUUUAUUUUCCUCAACCAUUUCCUGGACCUGGAGGACAGUAUUGAUGAAGGCACAGCAGAUACUCUGGACCACACUGAUUUCCAGGACACAGACAUUCCAUUCGAGGUCUCGCUUCCAUUAAAGCUCCAUGUCUCGGUGGAGAAGCGGGAGGAGAUCAGGGACUGGCUCUUGACUGUCUCCAUGGAGCAGCGAUUAGAGCCAGUCUUACCCCGAGACAAGAGAGGAGCUUACGAAGCAUCACUGCUCGAUGCCCGCACGGGGAUCCGCUCUCUGCCCUGCGUCAUUACAGGUUACCCCGUUCUCCACGAUAAAAUCGAGUUUAAAAGACCAGGCAUGGCAGCGAACAAGGAUGACUGGAACAGAUUCCUGAUGGCCACCAAGACCACGCACAGCCCGGAGUGUCAGGACGUCCUGAACUUUAUAUCACGCUGGUGUGGAGGUCUUCCCUCAGCCGGAUACACCUUUCAGUAGUCUCCAUCCUGUACCUGAUCUGCUUCACUGAGACGCCGGAUUCGCUUCACACUCAAAAUUAGAAACUGACCAAAACUCUUUUUUUUUUUCUUCUUUCAUUUCUUCUUCUUAUAUAUUCUUAAAAAAACCGUAAAUCAAAACCAAAAUAUACGACACUAUUAUCGUUGUGACCAAAAGUAUUGGGACACCGGAAUUAAUUUUUUUAUUUUAUUUUUUUUCAGCCAGAUGUGCUUUGUUUUUUAGAACAAAUUUACAGGCAGAGAAUUUUCUUGGGAGUCGAGUCGGUCCAAAUUAGGAGACCUGUUUGAACCCGUUCCUGCUCUUGAAUGACCUCCACAAGCACAUAUUUAUGUGGUCAGGUGUCCGCAUACUUUUGCCCGUAGCAUGUGUCGAGUUCACGUCGGUUUUCGUUUUCGUUUGUUUCAUUGUCGUUGGUCGAGGUGCUGCGUGAACAAACGUGCGAAGUUGAACACCACGUGACAAAAAAAUAAAAACGACGAGGAAACACGCAAGAAAGCGCACGUGUGAAGAAAACGGGUGCAAAUAGCAUUAACUACUCAAUUAUUAAAUGUCUGUAUAAUAAUAAAUACUGCAAACAUUUGGUGGUAGAAA